UUGUUUGUCCCUCCGGCCGACCCGUACUCUUCGCUCCUCCUCGCGCCAUCAUGGAGGGCGCUGCGGCCUCCGCCGAGGGUUUACGCUACGCCGAGUAUGCCCGGGCCCCUACGGGCGCCGGCAAGGGCCAAGCCGAGCUGGACCGGGGGCUGGCCAGGACUAUGAUAGCACUCGGACUUGGCGUUGCAACUGUUGCAUUUGCAGGUCGUUACGCUUUCCAUGUUUGGAAACCGUUGGAGCAGGCAAUUACAGAAGCUGCAAGGAGGAUUUCAACUUCUAGUCUUUCAUCAUACUAUAAGGGAGGAUUUGAACAGAAAAUGAGUAGGCGAGAAGCAAGUCUUAUUUUAGGUGUAAGUCCAUCUGCUGGCAAGGACAAAAUCAGAACAGCGCAUAGGAAAAUCAUGAUUUUGAAUCAUCCUGAUAAAGGUGGAUCACCUUACUUAGCAACAAAAAUAAAUGAAGCAAAAGACUUGUUGGAAUCCAGUGCCAAAAACUGAAACCUGGAGCCUUGGGUCAUAGGAGAUUCAGCAGAUAUAUUGUGCAAUAACUUUCAUGUCUGCUUGUUCUGCACAGAUUCUUAACACUGAUUGUUCAUGUUUAUUGUCAUAAUUAAAAUGCUAAGAUUAUUUAAAAGGAAACUGAAAUCUUUUACAGUUAUGUAAAGUUAUGUACAGUUAUGCCCCUGCAAGGAGCAGGGAGUUAGAAUGAUGAUCUGUAUAGAUUCCUUCCAACUCAAGAUGUUCUAUGAUUCUGUCCCAAUUUUAGUGUAUUCUUACUGAAUUAUAAUCUCUUAUAAGCUUGAAAAAAGUUGUUUUAAUGGUGUUUUUUUUCAGAAGUACUUUUUUGUUUCUUUUGUUAAAUUUUGGAUCUUUUAAAAUAAAAAUUUAAAAACAGUCUUUAAUAUAGGGUUGUUUCUUCAUUAGUAAAGAAACAACCCUAUCUUUAGGGUGACCAUAAAAUCUGUGACAGUGCAUUGAGUCACGGGAAAUAUGACAGACCCCAUUUGGCAAGUUUUCAGCACCACCUUACGCUUGAGUCUGUUCAUUUGUGAAGUAGUGGGGUUUGUUCAUGGGUGCAGUUUGAGAGCUGCAGCUCAGGACAAAAUUACUGAUGGGACUACAGACAGCAGCUUCCACUAGGUGUGGUUUUGGGGCUUGGAGCUAUGAAGGAGGAUUCUUGGGUUUGGUUACUUCUUUUACAUAUUAAAGGAUCUCUGAAAUUGUCAAGUAAUUACUUAGACAUGCUUUACUUCAAGUCAGAGUACGUUUAAUCUCUAGCAGUUGGGGUACACAUGGGGUUUUCUGCAAGGGUUUUCAUGGCAGUGGUAUUGAAGGAGGUAGGUCCAUGUGGCAUGGUUUAGGUGGUUUUUCCAGGCUGCUGCUUAUCUAGGUUAGCCAAGUCAUGUGAGCCUGGUGUAGCACUGAUAGCAGCAGGGAACAAACAGGAAUAUCUGCUUUGCACAUGGCUCCAGGAGCACUUCCUGGGUUAGUUCUUCAGUAAUGCUUACAUUUCUGCUUCAUAUCCCAGAGCAUACAUACCUCCCUCCUUAUGUAACAUCCUAGAAGUCUUGUGCUGGCUUUGGGGAAUCCUGAAGCCAUGGAUCUCAGACUUCAGAGUGAGCAAGUUUUAAUUGAUAGCUCAGGAUAGGUACUACUUGGGGCACAUGGCUGCUGCAGAUAACUACCACUAAGUUGUCUGCAGUUGAGUUAAAUCUCCUAAGCACAGUCUAGUGCAUUCAGUGCAAGACUGAAAAACCUCUAGUGUCCAUUCAAACUAUCAUUAGAGGUACGACAAACAGCUGAGUGAAGUGUUACAAAUACAAAAUUUAGAUACUCCAUUUUCUAGGUUAUUUAGCCAGAGGUAGGUGGCUAAGAGCAGUUAAUAUGAGGUUGGAUGCUUUAAUUUUUUAUUCACCAGAACAUGCAUUUGUAGUUCAUCCAGUGGUGGAUGUUCAGAUUAUGUGGAUUUUUCCUUGAAAGGAAGAAAAAGUAUGAUUUUUUAAAUCAGGUUCCUCACACUUUGUUACAAUUCCCUUACUUUCAUUAAAGGGAGAUGAAAAAUGUUAAGUCGACCCUAAAAGAAAAGAAGAAUUCUAAGUACUUUAGAGACUUUGUUGCAAUUAUAGUGGCAAGACGGGGCACAAUUUCACUGGAUAAAGCAAAAAGGACUGCUGGGAGAAACCUGCCUGGGAAUAGCGUACGCUAUAGAAGUACUACAGUUGCAUCAUAUAACUGAUAGUGCUCUAAUACAAGAAUCUUGAAUGAAAAUAGUUUAUUCCUAUGCUGUAGCUUUAAUUGGUUCCUGUUAAAAGAGUGGCCAUCAAUUAAUGCACAUUUAGGGUUAGUCAUUUUUUUCACUGGUGUAUCAGUCUGUAUUGGCAAAAAAUAGAACCAUGACAGUUCUCAUGUUGGAAGGAGACAAGUGAAAUGGUGUUGUUCCUAAUUUUCUGAAGUGGAAUCUGUGAGUGAUAUGAGUCAUUGUGCAAAAUCAAAAUUGAUGUGAAUGGUAGGUGGUAAAAACAUUCUGCUUAAUGAUUUUGAACUGACUGGCUGUUGUUUUCAUAUAGCUACCUUAUUUUUCCUGAAUAAAAUAUGUUGCAGAGAGCUGUUCUAAAGUAUCAGUUAAAACUGAUGCAUUAAAGAUGGCUUCUUGCUCUGUUCUUAAGAAUGAACUUCCCAUGUCUUUGUAAGAAGUAGAGGGUUUGUUUUAUUCUGGGAGAUUCUAUUGCUGAUAAUUUCCUUCCUGAUAUAAUUAUUUAUAUCUGAUUAUUUUGGAUGAAACACUUUUUUCUGCCUUUCAGUUAUGAGAGAGAUUGUCCUUAACAAAAAGAAAUAAAACUGAGUUCUGGUUC